AUGAAAACCUGUCGGAAAUCGGUAGCCACGGUGCUACUGUUGUCGAUUCACUUGCUAAUGUUACGAAUCGACGACGUAGUUGCCGAAGUUAAACCCAAAAUAAUUCUGGAAGAAGUGAUUAUUACCGGAAGCGGAAACGACACUCGUGUAAUAGCGAACGCAGUGGCCGAAGAUGUCUCAAAAAUUGGCGACGGGAUAACUUCGCUUCUAUCCAAGCAGACGUCGUCGAAUUUGGAUCAGGACGCGGCACAAUCCGUGAACGUCGACGUGAACGAGGACGACCUGGAGAGGCUGAAGCGCGUGAUCGCGAAAUACGAGCCGCAGAGGAUCACGUCGAGAAUAAUGAAGAGGAAGAUCAUCAAUGGCGAACAUGUACUACAAGGCAAGGUCGCGGGAUCGACGACGGGUCUCGAGAGGGCUUAUGACGAAGUGCUGCGAAAUAUUUCGCGAAGGGCGCCCGAAUUGACAUCUAGCAACGUUGACGCGACAUUGAAUCCUUAUUUGUCCCAGACGAGGAGGAAUCUGAUGGGAAUUUACGUUCCGGAAACGACGAUUCACGACGACGCUCAAAAAUCACGUUCCGAUGUUGACUCUUCGCCCACCUUAAACGACAAGAAGAAAUUACUUAAAAAGUAUUUGCAAUUAAAUCGCACCUUUACAAUUCCUCGGGGCUCGCCGGAGCUCGAGGAAUCAAGAUUCAACGAAGAAACAGCUGACGAGUCGAUCAUACCUGGAAGAUAUUUCAAAGUUCCCAAAAUAAAGACGAAGCCGAACGAAUCACCAUCAAACAUUUAUUCCGAAUCGACGGAAAAGCCUGAACGCAAGUGGAACAUUCAAGACUCUUCGUUUAUCCCGCGAUUGAACAAUAAUUCGUACGGCGCUUUUAACGUGAAUAACUUGAACAAUUUGAACUUUCCGAGUGAUCCAAACACCGUUCAAUUAUUGUCCAAGUAUGACAAAAUGCCGAGGCCGUUCUCCUUAUUGCGUUCGCCCGAUUCACCUGUCAUCGAGAUACCGUACGGAAAACCGAGUCCCUCACCAGCGAGUUUAAAUCGCCAACAGGUUGCUCGAUCUUCCACGAGUGUUCUUCCGCUGAUUCUCCCAACGGAGACCCUCUUCGAUCCAUCUUCGGCACGUCGUUACGUCCCGAUAAAGCGCGCGAACCACUUGAAACCUGAAGGAGGCUCCUUCAACACCGAGGCGAGUCCCGCGAAUGAGAGAACUACCUUUGGAAAUUACGGUGCACCUUAUAUAAUCGACACCACGAAGAGUCCUCUGGUUUCUAAUCAACAAAGGAUACCUUCAGCGAAUUAUUACGCCAUUACGGAGAAUCCGGUAGAGCAGGAUGUUACGAGGACGAAUUCCCCGAAGAUCAUUCACGUUCCUGGUCAAACGUUCAUCCCGUAUACUCUUCAGCAAGAGAAGGAUCCGCAAGCCGUUCGCAGACAUGGAUUUUCACCCAAUGUCGCCUAUAAUAUUCCCGAUGACAGACGAUCAAAUUUAAAUGCGAAUGCCGGACUCGAGUUGUACAACAAACUCGCAAGUCUGUACUCGGCUAAUGUACUUAAUAAUGCAUUCAAUGUCCCGAAAACGGUGACGCAAAAUUAUCCAAAUCUUGGGCAACACGUUUCCACCCCUUCUUACGCAACUUUGAAUCCUAUUUCUCUCUCGUUGCCGAAAAUCCGACCGAAUGUUCCCGUUAAAUCUGCGCCGUAUUACGACAGUGGAUUAUUAAUUUCGCAAAGAGCAGAGGAAAAGGAACUUAAUGACAAUAAAAAACACGAAGAAAGUGUAAAAGUAGACGAGUCUCGUGCAGUCGAUAAGGAUGAGAGUAAUACGGAAGCUGCUGAUAAUGAGAAUCAUUUUAUAAAUAAAGCUCCGAUCAAUCAUGGAUCUUACAAGAGUCACAAAACAUCAAAUGAACAACACGAGAAAAAAGAUCGCGAAGAGGAAGACAAAGAAGAUCGUUAUCAACAGCCGAAGCACAAUUAUGACUAUCAGGAUAAAUAUCAGAAAUAUAAUAAGGACGAUAAAAAUAAUGACAGGCAGGAAAAAUACAACGUUCGACAUAAAGAUAAUGAAGAUAAAGAGGAAGAAGAAGAAGAAGAAGAAGAAGAAAAAGACGCCGAUGAAACUCAAGAGGGCGAAUAUGUCAGCCCGGCAAAAAAUCAAGACGAGCGUACUGAUCGUUAUGAGUAUAAUAAACAUAAAUAUGAUAGAGACGAUUCUGGAGAAGAGGAACGCGAUAAACAGCGUUACGAUAGUAAAAAACAUGAUAAAGGGAAGAAUCUUCGCGACGAACACGAUGAUGAUGAGGCGGACAAAGUUAAGGACAAAUUUGUAAGUGGCAAUAAAUAUUUUGAUAAGAAACAUGAUAAAGGGAAGAAUCUUCGCGACGAACACGAUGAUGAUGAGGCGGACAAAGUUAAGGACAAAUUUGUAAGUGGCAAUAAAUAUUUCGACGGUCCACGAUAUAGUGAUCACGAAGCGGGAAAAAAAUAUCGCGAACCCUACGAUCGAAAAAAAGCUCGGGACGAAGAUUCCGAAGACGUAGCUGAAGACAAACUGGUCGCUCGACGCUUUAAAGACGAAUAUCGCAGACAACGCGAAAGAUACGAGGAGGAAGAAAGAAAGGGCGACGAAACGACGCAAAAACCUAAACCCUAUCGACAUGGCCAGGUUACUUCUCGAAGAGAUUCGUAUCGCGAAGAGCAUCCUAAGCGCGUUCGCGAAGAAUAUCGUCAGCAUCCUCGACAGGAUGUCGAAGAUGAUGAAGAUCUGUCUCGUCAUCGUGGACGUGACAAUGAAAAUGAUACGGGGAAAGUGCGUGAUCACGAGCACGGCGAGACUCAGGAACACGCGCAUAAACACGAGGAGCAUCACGAAAAGAAGAAGGAUCACGGGGGCGAUCACAAAUUUGAGGAGGGCGAAGGCGCGGAACAUAAAGACGAACAUCAUGGACACAAAGGGGAAAAAGGGCACAAGGAUUACAAAGAUUGGCACGAGCACGAGAAGGCCGAAAAGGGACAUCACGACAAGGAACACUCCAGCAAGGAGUACGACGAGAAAGCUGGCGAGGAGAAGAAACACCAAGAGAAGGGCGGCUAUCACAAGGAGCAUCAUCACGACGAGGGUGGUAAAAAGGAAGCAGAGUUCGGUGAAAAGGGUGAACACAAAAAAGGACACAGCACGCAUGGUCAGCAUUCGGUGCACAAGAAGGACGAAUACGAGAAGAAGACCGAGUUCUUCGACGAGUUCCACGACGACGGCGAAGUGGAGAAACACGGCGAGCAUCAUCACGAGCACGAGUCGAAGAAGGGCGGCCACGAGAAGAAGGGUCAUCAUGACGCCGCCGAUCACGAGGAGAAACACGGCAAAAAGGGGAAGCACGAGAAGGGCGGUCAUCAUCACGAGCACAAGGGCCAUAAGCUGGACGAAGGUCACGAUCAUCAUUAUAAUCACGACGAGAAGCACGACAAGAAGGAGGGACACGAGAGUGGGAAAAAGUGGAGCUUCAAGAAGGGCGACCACGGUGGCCAUCGUUGAAGAGUACCUCAUUAUUACAAUAGUUUGCAGAGACGGUGGUUUGACAAUUGUCAUGAUUGUCAUUGUCCUCG